CAACACCCGGGUUUCCGCGCGAAAAGACGGCCUGCGCGCGCUCGAACUGCUUGUAGCAUCCGCUUGAAGAAGCGCCACUCGACUGGUAGUCAUCUCUGAGUAUUGCUGGGGCGAUUGACGGCGGCCUAACGCGUUGUUUUAUAUCAGUUUUUAUUGCCCGUGUCAUCUGCUUCUGCUUUUAGUUAGCUGGUCAACAUGCCAUCCAGAACGUCCCUGUCUCUGCCAGACGAUGUCAGGAAAAGGUUGGAGCUGCUGGAUGAGGAUGGAUGCUCAGAAGAGGAACAAGUGAAGAAGAAGAUCAAGUUGGUGCAGGACUUUCUGCAUGAUGAUGCUCAGGACCAACUGACCAGUCUUGAAGAAAAAAUAAAAAAAUCAGAGAUCUCAAAGGAGGUUUACAUCUCAAAGGUGAAAGCCUUGCUGGGCAAAGAACUUCAUCUUGAGAAUGGCUCACAUGUUGAUGGCGUGGAGCGUAACGAAAAGAGAAAUGGCCUCUCUAAUGGCUCCCAUAAAGACGAAGAGGAUGUAGAUGGUGAUGUUUCCAUGGAUACCCAGGAAGAAGACACGUCAUCAUCUGUCAAGUCACCAACCACCUCCAAAGGGAAGGGGGGCCGCAGGAGCAAGGGGAGCGCAGACACAAAAAAAUCACCAGCCAGCAGCAGAGUCACAAGGAACAGUGUGAAGCAGCCAACCAUCUUGUCCAUGUUUUCUAAAGUCCAAAAGCGCAAGUCUGAUGAGGUGAACGGAGAACCUGUCAAUGAAACAAGUGAACCUAAAAAAGAAGAGGCCGUUGAUGAGUCUCGGGAGGAGAAACGCCUGAAAGUGGAGUCGGAUGAAAAACCUGCUGCUGAGGAACCAAAGCCUGAAGUUAACAGGUCUGCGUCAGCAGCUAAGACUCCGCCCCCCAAAUGUCCAGACUGCAGACAAUACCUGGAUGACUCCGAUCUGAAAUUCUUCCAAGGAGAUCCUGAUAAUGCGCUGGAAGAGCCUGAAAUGUUGACGGAUGAGCGUUUGUCCCUGUUUGACGCAAACGAGGAUGGGUUUGAAAGCUACGAUGAUCUGCCGCAGCACAAGAUCACAAGUUUCAGUGUGUACGACAAGCAUGGCCAUCUCUGCCCGUUCGACUCUGGGCUGAUUGAGAAGAACGUGGAGCUUUACUUCAGCUGUGUCGUUAAACCCAUCUACGACGACAACCCGUGCUUGGACGGUGGCGUUUCUGCUAAAAAGCUCGGGCCCAUUAACGCCUGGUGGAUCACUGGUUUCGAUGGAGGUGAAAAGGCUUUGAUUGGCUUCACAACAUCUUUUGCCGACUACAUCUUGAUGCAGCCCAGCGAGGAGUACGCUCCCAUCUUCGCGCUCAUGCAGGAGAAAAUCUACAUGAGCAAGAUUGUGAUGGAGUUUUUGCAGAAAAAUCCCGACGCUACUUAUGAGGACCUUCUUAACAGAAUAGAGACAACCGUUCCGCCUGCAGGACUCAACUUUAACUGCUUCACUGAAGACACGCUGCUGCGCCACGCCCAGUUUGUGGUGGAGCAGGUGGAGAGUUACGACGAGGCUGGAGACUCGGACGAGCAGCCCAUCAUUGUGACGCCCUGCAUGAGAGAUCUGAUCAAACUCGCUGGAGUCACUUUAGGAAAAAGCAUGCUGCUGUACUGGCGAGCCGCCAGAAGACAGGCCAUCCGUCACCCAACGAAGAUAGAGAAGGACAACAAGGGCCCGACAAAAGCCACCACCACCACGCUGGUCUAUCAGAUCUUUGAUGCCUUCUUCUCAGGUCAGAUUGAGCAGAACGAUAAGGAGGGUGGAGUCAAAAGACAGCGCUGUGGAGUCUGUGAGGUGUGCCAGUCUCCUGACUGUGGGAAGUGUGCCGCCUGCAAAGACAUGAUCAAGUUUGGAGGAAGCGGCAGAAGCAAGCAGGGUUGUAGGCAGAGAAGAUGUCCAAACCUUGCUGUGAAGGAGGCGGAGGAUGAUGAGAAUAUUGAAGAAGACGUUCCAGAAGAGAAGCUCAAAAAGGCUCCCAACACUAAGAGGAAGAAGCAGACCCAGUCCAAACUGGCGUGGAUCGAAGAGCCCGUUCAGACUGUGGGGAAGAAGCAGUUCUACAAGAAGGUCUCUGUGAAUGACGAGGUUCUGGAAGUGGGAGACUGUGUUUCAGUUUCUUCUGAUGAUCCAUCCUUUCCUCUUUACCUGGCAAGGAUCACGUCACUGUGGGAGGACAACAAUGGGAAGAUGUUCCACGCCCACUGGUUCCUUCGCGGGAUUCACACGGUGCUCGGAGAGUCCUCCGAUCCACUGGAGCUGGUCGUCGUGGACGAGUGUGAGGACAUGCUGCUCAACUACGUCCAGGGAAAAGUCAGCGUCACGUAUAAGGCCCCGUCUAACAACUGGUCUAUGGAGGGAGGGGUGGACGUUGACCUCAAGGUGAUCGAGGACGAUGGAAAGAGUUUCUUCUACCAGUUCUGGUAUGAUGUCAACUUUGCUCGAUUUGAGACUCCCCCGGAGACCCUUCCAUCAGAAGAGUGCCGGUUCAGUUUCUGUGGCAGCUGCACUCGUACUAAAGAGAGGGAAGAGCAGGAGAUCCCUCGUCCAUCUGAACCCCUGGAGAACGAAGAUAGCGACACCAAAGCUCUUUAUGGUUUAGUCUGCUUCAAGAGAGAGCAGUUCAGGGUGGGAGAUGGUGUCUACCUGCCUCCUGACGCCUUCCAUUUCAGUGUGAAGCCUGCCAGUCCGCUGAAACGCUCCCACAGGAAAGAGGAUGUGGAUGAAGAUCUGUAUCCUGAGUACUACAGGAAAUCCUCAGACUACAUUAAGGGGUCCAACCUGGAUGCUCCAGAGCCGUUCCGUAUCGGCCGCAUCAAGGAGAUCUUCUGUCACCGACGGAGCACCGGGAAGUCCGACACCUCGGAUGUCAAACUGAGACUCUACAAGUUCUACAGGCCUGAGAACACUCACAAAGGCGUCAAAGCGGGUUACCACACAGACAUCAAUCAGCUGUACUGGAGCGAAGAGGAGGUGACCGUCAGCGUGUGCGACGUGCUCGGCCGCUGUCAGGUGGAGUACGCUGAAGACCUGAAUGAAUCCGUCCAGGAGUAUUCCAGCGGUGGGCCGGAUCGCUUCUAUUUCCUCGAGGCCUACAAUGCUAAAUCCAAGAGCUUUGAAGAUCCUCCGAACCAUGCCCGCUCCUCUGUCCAUAAAGGAAAGGGAAAAGGCAAAGGAAAAGGGAAAGGGAAAGGAAAGGCUGCGCAGGAACCGCAAGACCCUCACACAGAACCUCCCAAAGUGCCCAAAUAUCGCACACUGGAUGUGUUCUCCGGCUGUGGAGGACUCUCUGAGGGUUUCCACCAGGCGGGCAUCUCCGAGACUCUCUGGGCCAUAGAGAUGUGGGAACCUGCAGCACAGGCCUUCAGGCUCAACAACCCUGGCACCACGGUGUUCACGGAGGACUGUAACGUCUUACUGAAGUUGGUCAUGUCGGGGGAGAAGACCAAUUCUCUUGGGCAGAAGCUGCCUCAGAAGGGGGAUGUUGAGAUGCUGUGUGGUGGACCUCCCUGUCAGGGUUUCAGUGGGAUGAACCGCUUCAAUUCCCGGACUUACUCCAAGUUCAAGAACUCUCUUGUGGUCUCGUAUCUGAGCUACUGCGACUACUACAGACCAAAGUUUUUCCUGCUGGAGAACGUGAGGAACUUCGUUUCAUUCAAAAGCUCCAUGGUUCUGAAGCUGACGUUGCGCUGUCUCGUGCGAAUGGGCUACCAGUGCACCUUUGGGGUCCUUCAGGCGGGUCAGUACGGCGUCGCCCAGACCCGUCGCAGGGCGAUCAUCCUGGCUGCUGCCCCAGGAGAGAAGCUGCCCCGUUACCCUGAACCCCUCCACGUGUUUGCUCCCAGAGCCUGCCAGCUGAGCGUGGUGGUGGACGAAAAGAAAUAUGUCAGCAAUGCCACGCGAGGCAACGGUGGGAUCUAUAGAACCAUCACCGUCCGCGACACCAUGUCCGAUCUGCCGGAGAUUCGUAACGGUGCCGCAGCUUUGGAGAUUUCCUACAACGGCGAGCCUCAGUCCUGGUUCCAGAGGCAGAUCAGAGGCACGCAGUACCAGCCCAUCCUAAGAGACCACAUCUGCAAGGACAUGAGCGCUCUGGUUGAGGCCAGAAUGCGCCACAUCCCCUUGGCUCCAGGCUCGGACUGGAGAGAUCUUCCAAAUAUUGAGGUUCGGAUGAAAGAUGGCAACACGACUAAGAAGCUGCGUUACACGCAUCACGAUAAAAAGAACGGCCGCAGCAGCACUGGUGCACUCAGAGGUGUCUGCACCUGUGCAGGAGGGAAACCUUGCGACCCUCUAGACAGGCAGUUUAACACCCUGAUUCCCUGGUGUCUUCCUCACACUGGAAACCGCCACAAUCACUGGGCUGGACUUUAUGGCAGACUGGAGUGGGAUGGCUUCUUCAGCACAACAGUCACCAACCCUGAACCCAUGGGAAAACAGGGUCGUGUUCUGCACGCCGAGCAGCACAGAGUGGUGAGUGUCAGAGAGUGUGCACGCUCUCAGGGAUUCCCUGACACCUACCGAUUCUUUGGAAACAUCCUGGACAAGCACAGACAGGUUGGAAAUGCUGUUCCUCCUCCUCUCUCCAGAGCCAUCGGGCUGGAGAUUAAGAAAUGUGUCAUAGAAAGGAUAAAGCAAGAACAGGCAGAAGAUAACAUCAAGCAAGAGAAGAUGGAAGCUUGAUUGAUCUCAUUCCCAUCCCAGCAGGAAUCGACUCUACAAACCCCGAUGUCGGGGAAAUUUCUUUUAAAUAUUUUGGCUUUUAACGGUCACAAAGUGGCGCCGAAGCUCCGUGUAGUAACCAUUCCAUUUUGAAUCUUAACUGCUUUUAGUUAUGCCAUUAAAUGUUCAAUGUGGGAUGAAUUGUAUGUAGAUUUAUAUGUAAUAUUUCAAAUAAAGGUCUUAUAAAAUUGUA